UCCUAGCUCAAAGGCGGGCAUCUCUAAGUGAGGUUGCUGUCGCAAGAUUCCGAAGUUUCUAGCACGGCGGUCGGCAUUCCCUCGUUUCGUGCAUUGCAGAGCCGCGGGAUUCCCGAGAACGGGACCUAGUAGUAGGUGGUGUGGAAACGGCUUUGACUUUGAAGUUCCAUCUGCUUCCUAUCCCAAAUGAAGAACCUUUUCUCAUCCAAGAAGACACCCAAGAAACACGCGACUGGCGACGGUGAAGAAUACCACAGUUCGCACUCGGAACCCACUUCGCCUGUCAAAAUCGCCGCCACCCACAAAUCGCCUAGGAAAAACCCACAAACCGCCUCGCCCUCGCAGCCUUCGCAGCCUUCGCAGCCUUCGCAGUCUUCGCAGAAGCCUCUACAGAAAGAGCAGCCAUCCAGGGCUCGAACCUCGCGCUCUUUUGCGAGAUCAGAUUCCUCAGCCCGGCGCAACAAGGUUGAUCCCAAUACCCAUCCCCUCAAUCUUCCCCCACACGAGUACAAGCGCCUGUCGGCUCUGUCCGCAAUGAGCAAUCGCAGCUCCUUGGAUAAGAUGGAUGUUGACCGCGAGGCUUCGGCCGCCCCUCCGUCAUCUCCGCCUCCGCCGAAACAACCAACCCCGGCUCCGGUAACUCCUACCAAUGGAGCCAAGGAAUCUAAGGAAUCUUCCACGGGCGACGAUGUGCCAGUCCCCCCGCCUCACAGAUCUAACCCCUCGAGUCCUGUCCCCACCACCGCUGACGAGGCCGAGGCGUACAAGGCUGCAGGGAACAAGUUUUUCGGGCAGAAGGACUAUAGAAAUGCUAUUUUGCAAUACACCAAGGCGAUCGAGCUGAUGCCGGACUCUGCUGCAUAUCUGGGAAACCGUGCGGCAGCCUUUAUGUCCAACGGCCAGUAUGAGGCAGCCUUGGACGACUGCUCUCGUGCUGUAGACAUUGAACCCACCGCCAAAUUCCUGUUGCGGCUGGCGCGUAUCUACACCUCCUUAGGCCGCCCUGAUGAGGCUCUGACGACCUUCUCGCGGAUUCAGCCUCCCCCUUCCGCCAAAGAUGUGGCAUCCGCAAAGGAGAUGCAAUCGCAUGUCAGGGCCGCCCAAGAUGCGUUAAGCAGCGGGACUUCCGGAUCCAUGGUGCUCCAUGCCCUAGAUCAAGCUGAGAAGCUGCUCGGUGUCGGCGCAACUAAACCUCGCAAAUGGCAGCUGAUGCGAGGCUCAGCUCACCUUAAGAUGGGCGGUGUCAAUUCAUUGGGUGAGGCGCAGAACGUCGCUAUGUCGCUGCUGAGACAGAAUAGUCAAGAUCCCGAAGCAUUGGUUCUGCGAGGACGGGCUCUAUACUCACAGGGUGAUAACGAAAAGGCUAUCCAGCACUUCCGCAAAGCUUUAAACUGCGAUCCCGACCUCAAAGACGCUGUAAAAUGGCUCCGAGUCGUUCAGAAGCUGGAUCGCAUGAAGGAGGAAGGAAAUGCCGAUUACAAGGCAGCACGGUGGCAGGCUGCCAUCGACAAAUACACACUAGCAUUGGGCGUGGAUCCCACCAACCGCGGUACCAACUCGAAGCUCUUGCAGAACAGAGCACAGUGCCGACUCAAGCUCAGGAAGUAUGACGAGGCUAUUCAAGACUGUGAACGUGCCAUCAGUUUAGAUUCGUCGUACAUGAAAGCUCGCAAGACCAAGGCCAACGCUAUGGGUCAGGCAGAGCGGUGGGAGGACGCUGUCCGGGAGUGGAAGACCAUCCAAGAGAUGGACCCUGAAGACCGAACGAUCGCCAAAGAAAUCCGGAGGGCUGAGCUCGAGCUCAAAAAGAGCCAGCGAAAGGACUAUUACAAUAUCCUCGACGUCCCCAAAGAUGCUGACGAUGCUCAAAUCAAGAAGGCUUACCGCAAAUUGGCCAUCAUCCAUCAUCCUGACAAGAACCCUGGUGACGACGCCGCUGCUGAACGCUUCAAGGAUAUUGGUGAAGCCUAUGAAACCUUGAGCGACUCUCAGUAAGUUAUUUUCCCCACUGAUGAUGGGCAGUCACUGAUUUUCGUACAGGAAACGAGCUCGUUAUGACAGUGGCGAAGACUUGAUUGAUCCCUCUGACAUGUUUGGUGGUGGCGGUGGUAUGGGUGGCGGCAUGGGCGGCGGCAUGGGUGGUAUUGAUCCCGAGAUUCUGUUCAGCAUGAUGAACGGAGGCGGUGGGUUCGGCGGCGCAGAGGGCUUCGGAGGUGCCCGGUUCCCCGGUGGCGGCGGUGGCCGUCGCUCGCAAGGCUUCCCUGCGGGCUUCCAAUUUGGCUGACAAUCCC